AUGACUCCAUCAACCAUCAACCGAGCCCUUCAAACAAUGAUCGAAAAGCACAACGCGGCUCCAACACCACAUCGAAAACGUCGAGUGCUCUCCACGUCACCACUGGUCCCGUGCCCAGAAAUCGGUGUGGUUUUCAACGGAAAUCACAAAAAAUCAUCGCAAUUCUCACCACCAUUCCAAUUCCGCCCUCUGGAACACGCGGCAUAUGAGAGACGUCUGGAGGAGAUCGAGAAUCAACGAAUGUCAAGAAUCCUGGAGGAUCUCGAUCAGAUCAAUGAGAUCCUCCCACUCGACGACCUCAUCCAAGCACUUCAAGAACAAGCGGAUCGUGCCGAGAAGCUCCCCAUGCCAAUCCCACUCCGAGUCAAGCUCCACCCACAAAUCCGUCGUCUGAAACGUGGCGGCAGAAGGCAUUCAAAGAAGCACAAACUACAGAAGAAAUCAGCGAACGGGCCAAAGAGUGGGCGCCUAAUUCCCCGUGUCUGUAAGCCACGUGUUCAUUCAGAAUUGAUGCCCGAGCAUCCGCCACCGAAGAUUCUGACGCUUCUUCUUAUCACACGUCUUCUGGAUCUACCGGCGGAGAUGGCGAUGAAUUCCACAGCCGGCGAAAUUAUCGCACAUCGGAGGCCUAUUCUUUAUCGCGAGGAAGGCGCAAAAUGGGUUCAUCUCUUCAUUCCUGGAGUACCUGAAGAUGAUCCACGCAUCCCACGUGCAUUCAGAAUGUUCGACAACACUGACGAAGGGAUUCCGGAGGAGAUAAUUGCCAACAGAAACCUGGAAACUGCACAAGAAGUAUAUCAGCUUCGUGUGAUUGCGAAGAGAUUCUUGAUGAGUCAAGAGAUUGAUUUUGAAGAGAGAUUCUUGUUGGGAGAGGUCAUUGGAAUGAGUGAGGCGGAGGUAAACUUCGCGUUCCUGAAACUCCAUCUCGAGCAAGCAAUCAGUGGAAAAUCCGAGGCGGAUCUCCGUAAUCUGGUGUUCUCCACCUAUAGAGAAGCGUUCAACGCGAAUCAAGUCGAAGGCGAAGGAUUCGAAGAUAUGGUGAAGAACUACGAGGAUCUGGUGGUUCCAAUGCUCGAUGAUUUGUUUGCAGAGUAG